GAGUUACACUACCACAAGCACACAAAAAGUUUCGUAGGAAAGGCUCCUAGCCGUAUUCCACCCUUUUAGCCUCCGCACUCAACUCCACUCCAAGACCAGUCCAUCCCGUCAUUUUGACGGACUCAGUCUUAACGCCGAGCACAGAGUCCAGAAGCGCCGUCACCUCGACGGUACUACUGCAUCACAAAGACCCCUUCUAGCGAGCUCGGAACGAGCUCUGCGUGAAACGACGGCCGCUCUCCUCAUGGCCUUUACUCUCGCUCCUCGCCGCAGCUUUCGCUGGCCCGCGCAAGUCACGCCGGCUGUCGCGCUGCUUCUCGCGAUAUCCGCGUUAACGCCCGCCUCCGCGUCGUUCUGCGCAGACUAUCUGCAGGCGUUCAAGUGCCCCAAGCUGCCGUCCUUCGACACCGUCGACAUCUCCAAGUACACGGGCCGGUGGUACGAGGUGGCGCUGACGGCGCGCUUCCGGUUCCAGUCGGAGGUGGGGCUCACGUGCACCACGGCGGACUACACGGCCAACGGGGAGGUCAACGGGCAGAAGAGAAUCAAGGUUCUGAACCGCGGCAAGCGCAGCGUUGCUGGCCCGCGGCAGGCGCAGGUGCUGCUGGCGUCCGUCAACUCCAACCGCAUCGCCACCAACCUCGGGAUCGUCUGCCGCGUCGCCGUCAACGCCGCCAAGGCCAGCGCGCAGGCCCAGGCGCUCCUCUCCGCCAAUGCCUCCGCGAGCGCUGCUGCAACCGGCAUCGGCGGAACCUCAGAGCUGCUCGGUGCGGCCAAUCCGCUUGCGGCAUUUGUGACGUCGGUGUCGUCGGAUGCGGAGAUUAUUGACAAUGCAGUGAGGGACUUUCAAAUGGCGCUGAACACCAUGAACGGGCGGCCCCAGCCCAAGGACUUCAGCGGCGCCAAGAGCAAGAUGUUCAAGUCCAUCUCCAACAUCCAGGGAGCCGGGGGGCGCCUCAUUCAGGCGGCGUUCACUGGGAGGACCGCGGCGCAGGGGCUCAGUGGGGCGCUGAAUGGCUUGAGCGGGCAAAAUGCCAAGACUGCUGCGAACGGGCUGCAGUCAUUCCUACGCGGCACGAGGCUCUACUUCGCCGCCACCAGCAUUGUGCGACUGGCCACUGCUAUGGUGCCCACCGUGCUCUCCAUGGUGCCCUCCCCCUUCACCCGUGUUGGCCAGGGCGGCUUCCCCCGUGCCAAGGCCAUCCAGAGCAAGAGCAAUGCUGGCCAACUGUUUGUCAUAUUUUUUGGUCAAAAGUCCAAGGAGCCCAACUACAUCAUCACUGACUUGCAAGGAGACGCCUCUAGUGGCUACAGUCUUGCAACCGUUUAUACCUGCUAUCAGGGCAAGACCACAUUGUGGCUUCUAUCUCGCACACCCUCUGUCACACAGUCGGACAUAGAUUCUGCUUUGGAACGGGUCACGACUGCUGGACUACGGCUCACAGGUGCCAAUACUCUAUUGCCCACUGAUCAUACUACCAGCUGGUGCAGCAAGUACAGGAAACGAAUUGAUAAAACAAAUUGAUAGACUAGCUAUGCCGACGUUGUUAGGGGUUUGAUGGAUUGUGUGUACCUGGUAUGAGCAAUGUCUUCUUAUAACCAUGACAAACAUUCGGG